AUGGACAGAGACUUCUCUUCCACAUUUGCUAGAAGAAGACAGCCUCAAAGGAAUAUGAAGGUUGGAAGAGGAACAGUCGUGGCAAGGAUGCUCCUCUGGAUGACCGCUGCGAUGCUGGGGGUCGGAGAGGUGAGCCUUUCAAAUGUGGGAUUUCCUAUGUGGGGAAUUUUUGGGGCGUGGUCGGGAGAUUUGAGUUGCGGAGGAACUCGGCAAGAGUCCGAGUUUGUUCUGCGGAGCCCGGGCCACCCCUCCUCUUACCCCACCAAAGGACGCUGCGAAUGGACCGUGGUUCGCCAGGAUCCCAAAGUUUGCGGCCUCGAAUUUCUUUUCCGGGAUUUUGAUCUGGAGACCAGCGAUUACUGCACUUAUGAUUACUUACUGGUGCAAGGGAACAGACUCUGUGGAAAGAUUGCACAGGGGGCAGUGCGGGUCUUUAUGUUUGCCGAAAAUUCGACUUCCGUUGUGUUUGUGAGCGACAAUCAAAAUUCUAGAACUGGGUUUGACAUACGAGUACGUCAAAUCACAACUUGCAGCCCUCAAGCUAAAGGUAAGUUUAUGCAAUGUGGAGGGACCUAUGAAAAGAAAGAUUUCUUUCUGCGUAGUCCCGGAUAUCCGGCUAACUACAGCGACGGGUCCGACUGUACGUACAGGGUCCGUCGGGCCAACGGAAAAGUGUGUGCCCUUAAGGUGACCUUCGCCACAUUUCACCUGGAGGAGAGUGCUAUGUGCAAGAGCGACUACUUUCUCGUGGACGAGAAAAGGUUCUGUGGAAUACUCGAGGAUGCCACUACACAAACGUUCCCUUUCCAAGGCCCCGAAAAACUGUUGAGCUUUCGAUCUGAUUCCAGCGUGUCAGGUCCUGGAUUCUUCGCCCACGUGCAACAAGAAGAAUGUGAACAGAGAUCUAUGGCCAGGUUGGAAGAAGACUGCUCGCAAGAGUUUCGGCAGUCUAGAUUCGAACUGCGGAGUCCGGGCUAUCCGGAAAGGAACUACGCGGACGAUCUCAGCUGUCGCUACACGGUCAUCAAAUCGUCCCCCUCGGUGUGCCAGAUAGUUCUGAACGUAAAAGAAUUUCGGCUGCAGGAGGGAGAAGUGUGCGAGAACGACUAUCUUCAGGUGGCAGAGGAAAGACUAUGUGGCGUUAUACAGGCAGGCAUGACACGAACUUAUCCAUUCGGUAAACAAGACCGUCUGGUGAUCAGAUUCGAUACCGACUCCCGGAGGGCGGACAAGGGCUUCCACCUGACAGUGCAGCAGCGGGAUUGCAGCAACGGCACGAACUCCACUUCGACAGACCGGAAGGCAGCCGGAUCCGUGCCGGAUUGUGACCAGACGCUGAUGGGGGCAGAGGAUCAGAUGAUCCAGAGUCCGGGAUUCCCGGAUCCCUACCCGCCGGACGCGGAUUGUAGGUGGACUGUCCUGAGGACGAGCUCGGAUUUCUGCGAACUUGAGCUCACUAUUCACAGUCUUCACAUUCAAGUUGGAGAGAGUUGCCAGUUUGACUACCUCGAAGUGGAUGGUCAUCGUUUCUGCGGAAGCACCACGGCAGGAAACAAACGUAUCUUCUCCUUCAAGACGGACCAGAUUGUGGUUCACUUCCAUUCAGAUUCUGUGACGAACGACCGUGGAUUCGAGGUGACGCUUCGUCAGAGGGAGUGUCCAACGUCGACCACGCCCUUCCCAAGUCGGUCCUGUGACCAGACAUUCGACAGUACCCAGUUUGUGCUCGUCAGUCCCAACCAUCCCAGAGACUACGACAACGGAGUAGACUGUAGAUACGUAAUCCGCCGCAGCAGUGAAGAAGUCUGCCAGAUCGAGAUGGAAUUUCUGAGAUUCGACGUGGAAUCCAGCAGUGGCUGCGAAUACGACUAUCUGGCCAUCAACGGGGAGAAGCUGUGUGGAAUGAUAGAGAAUUCGACAAGAACUUAUCUGUUCACGGAUUACGAAAAGCAGCUCACUUUUCAUUCCGAUUCCGGUACUGCUCGUCCUGGUUUCAUGAUACACGUAAAGCAGGUCCCGUGCGACACCCCACUCACGACCACGCCCAUAGCUCCGCCCACAAAACCUUGCGGAUCUCGGCUGGAAGGUCCAUCGUUCGAGCUGCAGAGCGACAACUAUCCACGGAACUACGACCCCCACCAGAGAUGUGAAUGGAUAGUGACCAAGGCACACCCUGGUGUGUGUGCCAUGGAACUGACAUUCCUCGCCUUCGACGUGGAGAUGAGCGAGGGAUGUCAAUACGAUUACUUCCUUCUUCAAGAUGAAAGAUUGUGUGGAACCUAUCCAGCCAAUCUCAAAAAAAUCGUUCCAUUUGAGGGUCUGGAGAUGACUUUAGAAUUUCAUUCUGACGGAGCUACAGCGAGACCGGGGUUUCACAUUCGGGCACAACAGAUGAACUGUGCGCCCUCCACUGAUGACGGAGAUUACGGACCUCUUCCUACAGGCUGCGGUCGCACCUUCAACAAUACGAGUGGCACAUUUAGUAGUCCAGCUUUCCCGGAUUCUUAUCCAGACUCCCAGCAUUGUGUGUACCGAUUCGAAGCGCUGCCGGAUUGCUGCAGGAUAUCGUUUCAUUUUUUGGAAUUUGGUCUUCAAGCAGAAGAUGCUCUUUGUGAAAAUGAUUACUUGAAAAUUGAUGGCAUCAAAUACUGUGGACCACAGCUGCUGGGUCAAAAGAGAACGUUAACUUUCUAUGGACAUCCGAGAGAAGUAUCAAUAUACUUCGAAAGUGACGGUUACACAUCUGAUCGGGGGUUUUAUGCCGUCUACAGACAAUUGCCAUGCAGUCCAGUUCUAGGUCGUUCACCGUCCCGCCGAAAAGAAUCCCAAUCAUUCAACUGCGACCGCCUCUACGCUUCCCAGUCGUUCGUGCUGCUGAGCCCCAACCACCCCGAGAACUACCCCUCGGAUGCAGAGUGCAAGUACACCCUACGUCGACUGGGCCCUAAGAUAUGCCGGUUGAGACUCACCUACAAAGACUUCGACGUGGAGAGCAGCGAGGGAUGCGAAUACGACUGGCUGGAAGUGGACGGCACGAAAACGUGUGGCACGCUGCCAGAAGGACAUACCGUGAUGAUAGACUUCAAAGACGUGUACCAAAAAGUCUUCGUAUUUCAUUCUGAUUCGGCAAACGUUCGAAAGGGGUUUUCCAUCAAAGUUGAGCAAGAGGAAUGUGCGCCACCGGAGGUACAGCAGCAACCACCUCCGAAGAUGGAACAACUUCCUCAGAAAGGCGUUUCUUUUCCAGCAGAGCAUCUCGAAAUUCCAUUGUUUUAUCCGCCUCCACCGCUCGAUUACGACCAUCUAGACUACCCAGUUUUCGAAGCCACAGCACUGAGAAGAACAUUACACGUCUCUCCUCCCAUCAACUGCGAUUUAGCGAUACAGCAAGAGAAGUUCGAGUUGACGAGCCCCAACUUUCCGCACCCGUAUCCGACCGGACUGCACUGCCGAUACCUCAUACGAAAGUCAGCGCCGGACGUGUGCUGGGUCAAGCUGACCUUCAAGCGGUUUGACCUGGAGAACAGCGAGCACUGCUUCCUCGACUACCUCAGCGUCGAUAACAAGAAAAUAUGUGGUACUCUUCCUCAAGACGAAAUGCGUGCUUUCCUCUUCAAUUCGGACGAGAUAUCUGUGUAUUUCCGGACAGAUUCCGUCAGUGCUCAUCGUGGUUUCCUUAUUCAAGGAGAACAGCUGAAGUGCAAACCGAAAGAAGAGGAGAAACCGCCUGUAAGCAAUUCAACGUGUGGACAAUCCUUUUCCAGCGAACUGUUCGUUUUGCAAAGUCCGUCCCACCCUGAAAAGUAUCAGUCCAAAUCGGAAUGCCGCUAUGAAAUCCACCGCGCCAACCGAUACGUCUGCGGCCUACAGCUGGUCAUCUUGGCCUUUGACCUGGAAGAGGAGCCCAACUGCAAGAAAGAUUAUUUGCAGCUCGGAGAAGAAAGAUUAUGUGGCAUCAUACCGGCCAGGACAGUCAGAAUGGUGACUUUUACCGAAGAAUCGUUCAUAGUCAAAUUCAGAGCAGAUGGGCAAAAUGAGCGGUCUGGUUUCUCUAUCCUAGUCAGCCAAGUUGAAGACUGUGCAGACACUAAGAAAGCAGCUCAGGGAUAUCAGUGCGGAGGAGAGUAUUCCACACACUCAUUCCUGAUAGAAAGUCCCUCAUUCCCGGAAGACUAUCCUCCUAAUGCGAACUGUGAAUAUUUCGUUCGAAGAGCAUCUCCGGAGUAUUGCAGAAUCGAAUUGCGUGUCUUGACAUUCGAUUUGGAAGAUGACAAAGACAGCGCAAUCAAAGGAGGGCCUCGUUGUAUAGCAGACGGACUCGAGUUGCCUAGGGGAUAUAGACUGUGUGGCCAACUGCCCAAAGAACAUGUUGAAAGUAUUCCAUUUGUAACUGGAGAGAUUCCAAUUAUUUUCUACUCUGAUGCAUCAACACAAAGACCUGGAUUUUCUAUUACAGUUCGACAAAUGGCAGAUUGUGGAUACAAUGACACCGACAAUACUUCGUUGCAAAAUACAUCUCUUUUGGCAGAUACUCCUAGUGGGGACUACGAUGAAUGUGGAGGUACAUACAAGGGGCCAGAAUUUAGCAUGAAAAGUCCAAUGUUUCCUGACGACUAUCCCAAUGAAGCGCACUGUGUGUACACAGUGUACAAAGCAUCACCAGAUGUAUGUGCCAUGGAGCUCAAGUUCGUACACUUUGAUAUAGAAAAAGGACCUGACUGCAGCUUUGACCAAUUAGACAUAGGGCACAAGACUUUGUGUGGACAAUUACCCACUGGUUUUACAAGAGAAAUUCCCUUUGAAGAUGAAGAGAUGAAAUUCACCUUUAAAUCAGACAUGGGAACAUCAAAGAGUGGAUUUGCAAUCAAGGUCAAACAGAAGUCAAGCUGUGGGAAGAGUUGA